GGCGACUCCAGGGCGGCCGGAACUGGACACUCCCCGCAAGCGCCUAUGGUCCGCGCCGCGUCUGUCCAGCUGCUCGCUGGUUGCUGUUUGCCGGAUGCGCGCUCGGAGCACGCGUCGCUAGGGGCCCUAGUGACUCCGCGGCGCCCUGUGUCGCGGCGGCCUGAGCUACCCCGGGUUCCGAGCCCCUGGCAUUCCAGGCUGCAGAUCAGGAACUUGAAUGCAGUGCGCGCUGCGGGUGCCCGAGCAGCCCCGCCCCGCCGCCGAGGGGUCCAGACCCGGCGCGAAGGAGGCGCGGGGAGGGGGACCUGAAGGUGUCCCCGACGUCCGCAAGCCGAGUCGUGCAGCUUCUUAGGCAGGACCGCCAUGUGUGACUUUACCUUUUGAAGCCUCUGAUUUGUGAUCUGUAAAAUGGAUAUAAUCAAAGCUACUUCCGGGGGCUGUUGAGAAGAUUAAAUGAGACAAUGCUUGUAAAGCUCUUUGCACGAGAGAGCCCUAGAGGCAGCGCCUGGCGGGCAGAGCGAACCUGCUGUCACCCAGGACCCCGGGCAGCAUGAAGACCCCCGUGGAACUGGCCAUCAGUGGGAUGCAGACCCUCCACCUUCAGCACCGCUGCCGGGGUGGCUACCGGGUCAAGGCCAAGGCGUCCUACGUAGAUGAGACUCUGUUUGGCAGCCCUGUGAGCCCCAGGCCCCCCCCACCAGAUUUUGACCCACCCUGGGUGCAGAAGAGUGACAGCACGAGAGGACCCAUCACCAGGGCAUCACCAUCACAAACCUCGCUGUCCAAGGGGAGUUGUGAGACCACCCCCUCUAGGAGCAGCACCCCGACACUUACGCCAAAAAAGAAGAACAAGUACAGGGUCGUCCGUCGCUCCCCGUCCUACUGCGAUGAGUCACUGUUCGGCUCCCGACCCGCCGGCCCGGAGGCCUCUGGGAUGGCGAAGGGGGAUGCCGCCAAGCUUCGCGCCCUCCUCUGGACUCCGCCAGCCACCCCCAGGGGCGGCCACUCGCCGCGCCCCAGGGAGACCCCGCUGCGAGCCAUCCAUCCGGCUGGUCCCUCCAAGACGGGGCCCGGGGUGGCUGCAGACACCCGCGAGCUGCCCUCUGGUGGCCGCGGAGCCCCUCACCCCCCAGGGCGGGGGCGCUCCCAGUCCCUCACCCACCUGAACACCCCCAGCGCUGGCUUCCCAGCCCACGGAGAGGGACCCCAGGCCCCCAGGCCCUCUACUUCGGGGGUCACCUUCCGGAGCCCCCUGGUGACUCCCAGGGCUCGCUCAGUCAGUACCUCAGUGCCCGCCACCCCGCGCCAAGGUGGGGCCACCCAGAAACCAAAGCCCCCUUGGAAGUGAGCUUCUCACACCAGGUUUGCCUGGCUGGCACCCCGUGGGGGUCCCCUGGGAGACCAGCCUCUCCUGUGCAUCCCUUCACCCUGAGGGUCUGUCCUUCCUGCCUUCUCCCCUGAUGUGGACGGCCGGCCAUCCUGGAGUUGACUCUCUGGCCCCGUCCUAGCCACUUGAAGCAGUGCCAACCCAGGCCCCCCAACCUCCUGCUGGCCAAGUGCAGAUUGCCAAUGGAGGGUCCCUCCUCCUCCCUCAGGACCAGCCUGCUACUGAGGACGCAGCUUUCUCUGGGGUCCGGUGGCCACAGAGGUGUUUUCCUGGGCUGCAUUUCAGUGGGGGAACAGGAGGGCAUCUGAGGACCUUGUGGGUGGACAUUUUUCAUUUAAACAUUCAUGUGUUUAUUUCCAUGUAUGAAAUGUGUCAGUCGCUCAUCAAGGCCACGAGUGUCACUUGCUUCUUCCCUUCUUGGGUAUAGGCCGUUGUUAGGCCAGACUUGAUUUAAAUAAAGGAAAACCUGACAGCCA